AUGGAAGAAGCUGUGCUUUGUGGUUCUCCAUUUAAAUUACGGGAACUUUUUGCAAUUAUGUUGAUAUUUUGUCAAUUGUCAGAUGCUUUAAGUCUUUGGGAAAAAUACAAGGACAGUCUUUCAGAAGAUAUACGACAUCGAGUGGAGUUGGAUAUACAACCCGAGAAUGUGAAUUCAAUUAUUAAUGAAGUAUACAAUAAAUGCUUAGUUACUCUUGAAGAUACUGUUCUAUCUCUGGGAGGUACAUCUUUGCAACAUUAUGGUUUACCUCAGCCAUCAAGAUGUGAAGCAGUCUUACAAAAUAAAGAUUACCUUCGAGAAAUCAAUUAUGAUUCAAAUAUUUUGGCACAGUAUAUAAUGAACAUUUACUAA